AAACAUCAGCCAAAGCUUUCAACUAAACAUUCCCACUUUUUGUAGCUUCUUUAAGCUUCCCUUGGUGGUUUGUUUCCCCUUGAGGGAAGCUUUAAAAGGGUUGCAUAUGGCUUUACUAUAAUGUUUAAUUUGCAUAUAUGUACAUUGGAAUUAUUCAUACUUGAGGACUAAUAUUGUGUGUUAUAUUUUUAUGGAGACUUUGGUAAUUUGAUUUAAUUUCCAGAUGAAUACCUUUAAACAUUUUGAACUAAUAGAAUACAUAUUUUUUAAGCUCUAGUCAGAGAGUUUGAUGUAGUGAAGCUGCAUGAAAUAUUGUAUAUUGUAAUCAAAUGGAAAAACAUCAGCCAAAGCUUUCAAACUUAACAUUCCCACUUUUGGUGGCUUCUUUAGGCGUCCCUUUGUUUCCCCUUGAGGGAAGCUUUAAAAGGGUUGCAUAUGGCUUUACUAUAAUGUUUAAUUUGCAUAAUUAUUCAUACUUGAUGACUAAUAUUGUGUGUUAUAUUUUUAAGGAGACUUUGUUAAUUUGAUUUAAUUUCCAGAUGGAUAUCCUUUCCAACAUUUUGAACUAAUAGAAUACAUCAUUUUUAAGCUUUAGUCAGAGAGUUUGAGGUAGUGAAGCUGCAUGAAAAUUAUUGUAAACAAAUGAAAAACAUCAGCCAAAGCUUUCAUCUAAACAUUCCCACUUUUUGUGGCUUCUUUAGGCUUCCCUUGGUGGUUUGUGUCCCCUUGAAGGAAGCUUCAAAAAGGGUUGCACAAGGCUAUAACUGUGGCAACCUGCCUGCAGAGAAUCAAAGAGAGAAAAGAGGAAGAAAGGCCCUUUGUUGAGGCUAUUGCCCUGUCUGGACAGGACCCGUGGAUUCCAGGAGGGUAAUUUCAAUAUCGAGCAGACAGUGUACUAGACAGUGACCUUGACAGUGCUAUAUGCUCGGUUUCUUUUCUUUAAACAGCUGAUUUUGCUAAAAGAGAGCACACAAGGCCUGUAUCACGGAUCACACACAUGACAUCAUCGCUAUAGCUGAGCUACAGAUGCACUGAGCAGACUGUUUUGAAAUGCGGAUCUGUUGUGGAGCACUGGAUCGGAGGCGUGGAGAGAGAGAGACGAGGUUCAAGGAGGCGCAACACAUGGCCUCUUUUCUCCGAGGUAAAGUGGCGAUUUAAGACGGCACUGUCUGGAUGAGCAUUUGGGCCAUUUUUGUUGUCAACAUCACACUGUUUUGCGUUUUGGUUUGCUGCGCAGUGAUACCAAGACGCCCCAUUGCUCCUCCAUAAGACUAUCAUAUUGGAUUGGUGUUGUGUGUUGCAUUGCGAGACGCACUAACUAGAUGCAAGAAUGUGCAAUGAUGGGAGAUGCAGUGAGACAGGGAUCUCUGCGAGCUUCUCCAGUUUAAACAUUUGAUAUUUGUCUUUCUAUUUAAGGCUAGAGCCAUGCAGGCCCAGUCUGUGCCUUUGGGUUAGAUAGGAUAUAUGGUCCCAAGUGACGCAUGGCUAUCAAAUAUCGGCUGAGUUGCAAAUCGUUCCCAAACCAAAUGUUUAAAUGAAUGUUCUCACAUAACACUUCCUUGCAGUAUUUGUAGCACGCAACCAGCAAGCCAGUUUUGCACGCAUGUGCAAAAAACAGUUUGCAACUAACUCAUAUGAAUUAUUAAUUCAUGAAAUCUUUAUUUUUUAUUAUUUGGACUGUUAUUAAUUAUUUUAUGUUCAAGGGGGUUUUAAGGAAAGAUGAUAUGUUGCUUUUUAAAUCAGCUGCGCAUCUCUUGUGAAUAUAUUCACAUUAUUUUUAUGACUCGAGCUGUUAGCCUUCACUUUAAGCUGCCACAUGUUAAAAGGCUGUUUAUUUCCAUUUUAUUGAUUCUAAAUUUCUAUUUCUUUUAUUUCAUUUUAAAUGGUAGUAUUUGAGUUCAAUAUCAAGUUCAACCCACCGUGACUGUGCGUCGUGAACUUGAGUGGAUUGACGGCGACGUACUUGUGUGUGUGCAUGCGUGUUUAUAUUUAGGCAUUGAUGAGUCAAACUUUUUCUCCUUGUAGUCAGACUGUUUUUUUUUUUUUUUGAAUUGCCAUAAUUGAGACAUAAGCAGUUCCCCAUACUGCUGAGUUAUGAAAACUUUUGAGAUCCAUAAAUUGAUUUCCUUAUAUGUGGUGGUGGAGAGGAGGAGCGGUGGUAAAUUAUGAAUUUAUAAAGGGAAAGAGGGAUUAGCAAAAUAGUUGCUGGACUUAUAUAACAUAAUAUAGAAAGCUAUAAACGAUUGGGAGGUGUUCCUAGAUUUAUUUUUCAAUAAAUGAGUCUGUAUACCCGAGGGAGGAAUGCAAAAGGCACAGUUAUAAGUAUAUGUCUGAGGAUUGACCACAUUACAAAUUCUUACGCCAGCUGUUUGCAGUGAAUCCUUUUUUGCACAUCAUGGCGAAGUUUUCUGCAGAAAAAAAGUACCCUGUGGUGAAUCCCUAAAAAGUUUUUUUUGUUAAAACACCCCUUUUUUAUUUUAUCAGAGCAGAGGCAUGACUACAGUAUCACAUAUUUGUUCAGUGUCUUCAUCGCUGCAUCUACAAAUCAACUAAUUAGCGAAGAUAUAAAGCAGAGAGACCGUCGACUUGAUUGAAUCAGUUAAGUGCCCUCUGAUAUCUUGUAAAAUUCAUAUAAAAGAAUUGUGAGAGGUAUAACAAUCCCACCAGAGUUUGGCUGUGAACGUUUAUUGGAAGGUAUCUGUUAAAGUUGUUCAUGUGAGGUGUACUAGGGAAUAUUAUGUGAAAUAUACCCUCUUAAAGUAACCUUGUAGAAUAUCGUUCUCCUUUUUUACUGAGCCAGUGGCUUCAACCUGCUGACCCUGUUACUGUAAAUAUGAGUAGAGUGCGGCAAUGAGCAUCAGUCUUUUCUUAAAACAAGCUUGUAAAAUUGGGACAUCACAGCUUUUAUAUGACAUGGAAUUCAACUAUAAUUUUGCUAGAAAACAAGAUGUCAUACUGCACCCCUUUCUCCUUUCAAAGAAAAAUAGUUUUCAUAAGAAAUUGCAUUUUAAAAACUUUUGCCAGCUUAUAAAAGAUAUUAAACGAGGCCAUGGACAGUUCUCCAUGGGUGUAAAAGGAGAGGUCCUUUUGGACUGACUCAAGUGAAGGAAAAAAACAAGAUUCUACAUUUUUAAUAAAAAGCUUUAUGGUAUUUUUAAAGCGCAUAUAAACCUCUAAUACAGAAGUUAAUGUUUUGUUUUGUCUGAGAAUGAACCAGAGUGGGUGGUACCAUGUGUAUAGCAAGAAGUUGAGCCAUGUGCCACGUGGUUUAGGUGCUGACCAAUCAGGAGCCCCUCCAGGUUUAACUAUGUUAAAUGUCAGAUUGCAAUAAACUAGAAGCUGUUGGUCGGGCCCGCGGAAAUGGGCGAGCAUAAUCUCCUUAAUCCAGGGUUUGUGGGACCUUUGGUAAACAUCCACACUGGAGACACAUUUUACUUUCCGAAUUUCCGAGCCUCAGGGGGACAACUGGCGGGGCUACCGUCGCUCUCCUACCCGAGAAGGGACAAUGUUUGCUCCCUCCCGUGGAACCCAUCGGAGCCGUGCAAUGGAUACUCUCAAUCCUACUUUAGCAGCCCCGUGUCUAUUAACCCUUCUUCUUUCAAUCGCUCGUGUGAAAUCAGCAGACCAGAAGAGGGCAAAUGUUAUUAUAACAACAACAACAACGGGAAUAAUAGGGAGACCUGCUCAGGUGGUGGUGGUGGAAGCAGUGGAAGCAGCAGCAGCCUCAAACGUGAGGACAGGGGGGUGAGAGACACAUCAUCAUUAAUAACAUCUGACCACGGGAUGCACAGUGGACUUGGCAGCACAGCAGCCUUCCCCAAAUACGAUUAUGGAACCGAGCAGCUCACGCAACAAGACCCGCCAUCCUGUCAAUCGAUGGAGUCCGACUCCAGCUCCUCUCUGCUCAACGAGAACAGCAGCAAGCCUCCAUCCAGCGACGCACAGACUCUGGUGUCACCGGGAAGCCAUGCAAGCAACAUAGCCAUAGGAGGAGGUGCCCCGUGGUACCCGAUGCACACCCGGACCAGAAAGAAGCGCAAACCCUACUCCAAACUCCAGCUGGCUGAGCUAGAAGGUGAAUUCAUGCUGAACGAGUUCAUCACCAGACAGCGGCGGAGGGAGCUCUCCGACCGGCUGAACCUCAGCGACCAACAAGUGAAGAUCUGGUUCCAGAACCGCAGGAUGAAGAAGAAGAGACUCAUGCUGAGGGAGCAAGCCUUGGCCUACUUUUAGAGAUGCGGCAGAAGGUGAAUCGAUAGGCAGUAAAAGAAAAAAAAAAAAAAAAAAAAAGCCCAAGCCUUCUACGCUCCCUUAGGUCUUAUUUCAAUGCAUGCACUCAUCUAAUCCAUCUUUUACAUUGCAGGCAUUAUUAUUACAACAUUUUCUCAUUAUUUUUUUUCUACAAAAGGUGCGGGCAAACACACGCCCAAAAACAAGACACUCCUGAUCUCAAUAGUCUACAUGUCAGUGAGAGACUGCCUUCAUGUUUGUGGUAUAAUCGCACAAAAAGCUGUGAGAGUGUGUUUUUUUUUCUGUGUAGAGGGUGUGUUUUUACUGAUUUCUCAAGAGAGAACAGCCACAUAGUAAGCCACUGCGAAAUAUGCCCUCGUGGCAAUAGCUCAGUUUUGGGGAUGACACAUAAUAACAUCCCCUUUUGUGCCAUUUUUUUUUUUGUCAGAGAAAAUGAGGAGGGAGUGGGGCCCACUUGGUGAAAAUUAUUAAAAAAAAUAGGCCUAAAAAUAGCAGUGAAGUCAGACAGACAGACAGACAGACAGACAAACAAACAGACAGACAGACAGACAAGAGAAGAAGCCUGACUUGGAACCGCAUCCGCGCAAUAAUUUCUCUGGGGUUAUGAACGGUUAAAGAAGAAUCUCCCUCCCGGUUGCUUCAUACAUCCACAGCUAUAGUUUGUUGUGUAAGAGGAGCGUCAUUCUUAUCUCCCUUUCCAUAGUUUUACGCCAUGCUUUAUGGUGGGCACGUUCACGGUCACGGACAGGAAGUCUGGGGAGUCUGGGAGUCUGCAUGAGGAGAAGGAGGAAUCUGCAAUCCUUAUCGAUAUCUUUAUGACUGCGCAUUGGAAGAAAAAAAAAAGAAUUGCCAUGACUUCUUUGUUCAUGUGCUAACAAGUUCCUCAAGGUAUUUUUUUUUUUUUUACUUGUAUUACCUUUCGACUUGUCUUAACAACAACAACAACAACAACAACCACAGAAUCCUGCAUGGGGUUGCAUUUUCUUUUAGUUGAGUGAGAUCACCGUUUGAAUACGGGUUUUGAGCUGCUAUUACGUCCAGAUUGUUCCCGUUAAUUAUAGUGUUAUUAAACAAUAAACUCGCCAGGAUCUGUAAUGGAAAAAUAUUCACCAAGUACAUUUUUUAAGGCCAACUUGGUUAAACAAGAGGGCCGCCUUAAGUUGCAACUUUGGAGAGGGAGGAGAGAUACAGAUGCGUUUAUAGGCCUGAAAGAGCAUUUUCUGAAAUUUGGUGCUCAUAAUAAAUAAAAAUAAAUAUUGUAGUAAUUUAGAAAAAGUUAAUCAUAGGCCUACGUGUGUCCCUUAAUUCAGGGGAGAAUGCAGUGCAUCAUCUGUCAUGUAUAACGAGUAAGCUAUAGCAGUGAAAUGUAUUUGCAGCAUGUUAUUGAUGUGAAAUAGCUAUAAGUCAUGUUCUGCGGGCCACUUUUUUCUGUAGGGUGACUUUUUUAAUACUUUGUUUUUUUCUGAACAAAAUCGAAAGCGAAACCACCACCUUAAACAUUUUGACACAAACGUCUACAAAGAAUGUAUUAUUAUUAUUAUUAUUAGUCUAUUAUUAUUAGGAUGGGAGGACGUUGGAGGGCCUAUUAUAGGCCCAUUAAAUGUACUUGCUCUUUGCAACGUGCUCAGUGUUGUCCCUUCCCAUCCCUUGUACUCGUGUAUAACUUGAAUUGAAAUUACAUAUGUUACUUUUUUGCAUCCUGUUUGAGGAUCCCUCGUCGCUAUGUAAUAGUGCGUUAUGUUAUUGAUCGUCUUGUACAAUAUCGCAUUCCAUAUAUAGCCUAUUUGUGGUUGUAAGGGGUGGAAAUGUAGGCCUAUUAUAUCAUACUACCAAGAGUGGAUAUAAAGAAAUGGUAUGCAACAAGUUUUUACCAUCCAUGCCAUUUAAAUAAAACCCUGUUUCAGUGUAAUAGUUGUUUGUUAUCGUUCUUUUUAUGUCGUCCCUCAUUGCAUUCCCUUUCUUUUGCGCUUGUAAGGAUUGCUAACGUUGUCUUGUAAAAGUAAUACUGAUAUGAAUGUAUAUGCGUAAGGUCUUCAAUAAACAGAAUAUUGAAACGUU